CACCAAGGGCUUAACGAAUUCAUUGACCGGUCUAGAUAGCUAAGAAUGCCUAGAUGCUAGAGUACUUACUACUAUGUACCGUACAGAGUAGUGCUACAUACUACAGAGUACAGUAGAGUAUGCGGGGCUCCGGAGAUAGCAAAGCGGUAGCCCCAACGGCCAACAACAUUUUCCCUCCCGCGCACACGCCCACCGCCCCUCGUUCAAACUCACCGGACAACUCUCUUCCUUUUUUUUCUUCUCAUCCCAAUCGCUUUUUUCUCUCCUCUCCAUUCCAUUCUUAUAUCCUUUCUGACAGUAUUCUGUCAACGUCCUUUCUCUCCUUCUUCCGUAUUAUCCUAACUCAUCUUCCAAAAUGGCCGCUACCAACUCCCUCGACCACCUCAGCAACCGUAUGAAGCUGGAGUGGCACUCCAAGCUCAACACUGAGAUGGUCCCGGCCAAGAACUUCCGCCGUACCUCCAUCAUCGGAACCAUUGGUCCCAAGACCAACUCGACCGAGAAGAUCAACGCGCUCCGCAGAGCUGGUCUCAACGUUGUCCGCAUGAACUUCUCUCACGGCUCGUAUGAGUACCACCAGUCCGUCAUCGACCACGCCCGUGAGGCCGAGCAAGCUCAGAAGGGCCGCCCCCUUGCCAUUGCUCUUGACACCAAAGGUCCUGAGAUCCGUACCGGAAACACCGUCGACGACCAGGACAUCCCCAUCAAGGAGGGCCACGAGCUCAAUAUCACCACCGAUGAGAAGUAUGCCGCCGCCAGUGACGACAAGAACAUGUACCUUGACUAUAAGAACAUCACCAAGGUGAUCUCGCCCGGCAAGCUCAUCUAUGUCGACGAUGGUAUCCUUUCCUUCGAGGUCCUCGAGGUCGUAGACGACAAGAACCUGCGCGUCAAGUGUCUCAACAACGGUAACAUCUCGUCCCGUAAGGGUGUCAACCUGCCCGGCACCGACGUUGACCUUCCCGCUUUGUCCGAGAAGGACAUCAGCGACCUGAAGUUCGGUGUCAAGAACAAGGUCGACAUGGUCUUCGCCUCGUUCAUCCGUCGCGGUAGCGACAUCCGCGACAUCCGCGCUGUCUUUGGCGAGGAGGGCAAGGAGAUCCAGAUCAUCGCCAAGAUCGAGAACCAGCAGGGUGUCAACAACUUUGACGAGAUCCUUGAGGAGACCGACGGUGUUAUGGUGGCCCGUGGUGACUUGGGUAUCGAGAUCCCCGCCCCCAAGGUCUUCAUCGCCCAGAAGAUGAUGAUCGCCAAGUGUAACAUCAAGGGUAAGCCCGCCAUUUGCGCCACCCAGAUGCUCGAGUCCAUGACAUACAACCCCCGUCCCACUCGUGCUGAGGUGUCUGAUGUCGCCAACGCCGUUCUUGACGGUGCCGACUGUGUCAUGUUGUCGGGUGAAACCGCCAAGGGUACCUACCCUUGCGAGGCUGUCCGUAUGAUGCACGAGACCUGCUUGCUGGCCGAAGUUGCCAUCCCCCACUUCAAUGUCUUUGACGAGUUGCGCAACCUUGCUCCUCGUCCCACCGACACUGUCGAGUCCAUUGCCAUGGCUGCCGUCAGCGCCAGUUUGGAACUCAACGCCGGUGCCAUCCUUGUCUUGACCACCAGUGGUAAAACCGCUCGUCUCAUCUCCAAGUACCGCCCCGUCUGCCCCAUCAUCAUGGUUACCCGCAACCCCAUGGCCUCUCGGUACUCUCACCUGUACCGUGGCGUCUGGCCCUUCACCUUCCCCGAGGAGAAGCCCGACUUCAACGUCAAGAUCUGGCAGGAGGACGUCGACCGCCGCCUCAAGUGGGGUAUCAACCACGGUCUCAAGCUCGGUAUCGUCAACAAGGGCGACAACAUCGUCUGCGUCCAGGGCUGGCGCGGCGGUAUGGGCCACACCAACACCGUCCGCGUGGUCCCUGCUGAGGAGAACCUUGGCCUUGCUGAGUAAAUCUAGACCUUCGGGAUGUCAAUCUCCCGCUUCUGGCGGACGACAUUGUCAUCACGCCAGGCAUCGUAGAACCGGUCAUCUUCCCGCAUGAUGACCGGAGGCCUCCAAAGAACAGAGCCUGGCUUAUAAAAAAGCAAUAUCCAAGACCUGCCGCGGAACAAGUUAAUGAUCAAAUUCGUGAUUACAGAGAGCAGGUCAAGGAGUUUUUUUUUUUUU